AACAAGUCCGGAGACUAGAACCCCAACAAGGAGGCCGAAACGCUCCCGCCCCUCCCGGCCAAGACGACUGGGCGGAGCAGCGGAGGGCGGGGCGUAGUGAACGCUCCGUGACGUCACCAGACGCGCCGGCGCGGCGAAGGGUACCCGCAGGGAGGUUGGAACGGCGCCCCCAGCGGCCGGCCGGGGCUGUAGGCAUCUGGCUCCGUGCGGGGCGAGCGGCCCCUGCGGGCUGGGGCUGAGACGCGGGCUGGGGCUGAGACCCGGGCCGGGCUGGAGCCAGGGUGCGGGCGGGCCCCAUGCUGCUGCCGUUGGCCUGCUUGCACGGGCGGGUGGCGCAGUGCCUGACUUCGCUGCUGGUGCUCGCAGAGCCGCUCCCUCGGCCCCGGCGCGGCGGGAGGGCGCGCGGCACGGCGCCGACCUGCGCAGAGGUCCCCGCCGCCGCGCCCGGAAAGAUGGCUGCGGAACUGUACCCACCCGCCGCUGCCGCCGCCGCCGCCGCCGCCGCCGCCGCCGCCAGCGACCUAGCCAACAGUAACGCUGCGGACUCGACAGCGGGCAGGAAGGCAGGCCCGCGCAGCCCGCCGCGCCCUGCGCCCGCGCCGCCACCGCCCGCACCCGCGCCGCCCGCUCCUGACAACAACAACGCGGAGAGCCCGCACUGGCAGGCCUUCCACCCCACGCUCCGUGAGCGGAACGCGCUUAUGUUCAACAACGAGCUCAUGGCCGACGUCCACUUCGUUGUGGGCCCCCCGGGAGCCGCCCAGCGGGUGCCAGCCCACAAGUAUGUGCUGGCCGUCGGCAGCUCUGUCUUCUAUGCGAUGUUCUACGGGGAUCUUGCGGAAGUCAAGUCCGAAAUCCACAUUCCGGACGUGGAGCCUGCCGCAUUCCUAGUCUUGCUAAAAGUAUCUCCCAAGAUCUGCGCCAUGUUGGAACUUAAAACACUGGGAAACCAAGCAACCAGCUCACCUCCCUGGUAAGUGGCUGUGGCUCAGGCAAGCUGCGGCCGCAGCAGGGCAAGAACCACCCAGCGUCUCCCAAGAUCUGCACCGUGCUGGAACUUAGGGCGCUGGGAAACCAAGCAACCAGCUCACAUCCCUGGUAUGCAGCCAUGAGCCUCUACCAGUGUGUGGACUGAGAAUCAAAGAUCUUAUCCCCUGCCACCCCCGCCCCCUCCCCUGCUAGCAAAUGGGAGCCAGAGAUCUGAGUAUCUCUUGGCAGGUUGACUAUAUGCAAUGUAGCAAAUAAGGGGGAUUUUCUUCUACCAUCUCUUUGAAGGCAAAUAUUUUAUCACUGUUUUGCUUUGUACUGAUUAAUGGUAUUGCUCUAUUAAAUAUUCUGCUUUGAUAAGUUCUAUAAUGUUCUGUAUUUUGUUUGAUUUUGCUAUACCUGAUUGAAAGAACAACUACUGUGAAGAUAAUUGUACCUAUUACUGUUAUCCCGGUAACCUGCUAUGAAGUUCUGUACUCAUUUCAGAAUACUGUCUCAAUUAGCUUUGUUCCAUCUUGUUCUGUUGUAUUUUACUACCUUCAAAAUAAUAAAAUCUAAUCACAGACAAAAUGACUAUUAAUCUGGAGGAACUCACAAAAUUAUUAUACCUCGUAGGUUACCAUCUCAACUGGAUCUAUAGACUCAAUGUAAUCCUAACCCAAUCUGGGCAGGUUUUCCUUAGAAAAAUCAACAGCUGAUUUUACAUUCAAUCUAUGUUGACAUGCAAAGGAACCAGAAUAGUAAAGACAGUGUCAAAGAACAGUAGAAGAGAGAAACAUCUACUGCCAGACUUCAAGACCUAUGAAGGAAAGAGCACAGUAAGUGAUCCAGACAAGAAGGCACCCGAGGGCAGACAGACCCACUUUGGCCAAGGCCACACAGUGGAAGGAUGGUGUUCCUGUUAAAUGACCUAGGGCUCGGCAGCGGCAUAAGCGCCUGCCUGGCAAGGUCAUGAGUUCAAUCCCCAGUACUGGAAAACAAAACAAAACAAAAAAAAGUUCUAGGGGCUGGAUAUUCACACUGAAGACAACGAACAUUCAACUCUGCUUCCCACCAUACAUAAGAACUAGCUUCAGCUGAGCAUAGGGGUGCAUGUCUGAAAUGCCAGUCCUCAGGAAACUAAAGCAGGAAGAUCAUGAUGAGUCUGAGGCCAGCCUAGGGGAUUUCAAAGAUAGCCAGGCUUACAUAGACCUAAAUGUGAAUUUUAAAACAAAAUUUUCUUCAGAUUAAAACCCAGGAGAAUAACUUCAAAGUCUCAAAACCCUAUAAAUAACUGGCAGAUUAGGACCUUAUUAAAAUUAAGAAAUCUCUUGCUGGGCAGGGUGGUAUAUGCCUAUAACCCCAGCACUCAGGAGGCUGAGGCAGAAAGAUUACCAAGAGUCUGAAGUCAUCCUAGGCUACAUAGUGAGUUCAAUGCCAUUCUGAACUACAAAGUGAGCCCCUCUCUUAAAAGAUCCAAAAUUUAAAAAUAAAUAAAUCGAAUAAUUAAGGGCAAUAGUAAGAAAGUGAAAACAAAAGAAUACAGACUUGGGAAAAGUCCAACAAAAUAAGUACAUCCAAAAAGAGGCCUGUGCCAGGUGUGAUAGAGAACACCUGUAAUUCCAACAUUCAGGAGUCUGAGGCCAGCCUGGGAUACAUACCACCUUUUCCUGAAAAUAAGUCUUACAUUAAUUCUUGCUCCAAAAAGAUGCAAUAGGGCUUAUUUUCUGGGGAUAUCUUAUUUUUUCAUGUACAACAGUCUACUGAUGUACAAAAAAAUUUACUUAUGUACAAAAAAAUCUACAUUUACUGAUGUACAAAAAAAUCUACUUAUUCACGUACAGAAAUCCACACAUCCAAAUACAGUCACAUCAUCUUCUGUAACAGUUUCCUAACUCGAGCUUCUGGGAGAACAUGGUGGAUAGAUAACAGCAGCUAUGGAGGCUCUCUGAGAUAGCCAGCUUAGAAUCCAGGAAUGGUGCGGUGUGAGGAGUCCUAAGCAAGGGGACAUAUACCCUGCUGACCCAGGAAUGCAAUCCCAGUGCUAUAACCGGAACAGAUAAAAUCUCAGCAGCAAAGCUGGAACCUGCGCCUCUGGAAAGCAUGUUUUGAAUUUCCUGCCGCUGCUGCUGCUGCGUCUGAAUUGGCUGACAGGGACAGAGAUGCGAAAGCUCUGAAAGUGGGAAUCGGCGGAGUCAAGAGCAGGACUGGCGGGGAGCCCUGCAUCGAUCUGCAGUGAGUGAGAGAAACAGGGACCCUUCCAUAGACUAGGAGGCUCCAACAGAGGACAUUCUGGGACCAGGCAGACUAGCCGGAACAGGACGCUACAGUGACUUCAGUCGCAUAUUCCCCUCUCAAGCGGGAUUGGUGGGGAGUGCUUGGUCUAGGUGACAUGGCAGACUAAGACCCAAUAGGCUAGCCCAAACCAGGUCCCAGCGACUGGCAGUGCACCCUAGCAGUGAAGCCUUCAGUAGGUUGACCUGGAGGGGUGGGCCCAACAUAUGCUGCCCCGGUCUGUGUCUCCCUAGUACACUGCAGUGGGCGGGAACACCUAGCCAGCAGAUUCAAACAAAUUGUAACCAACAAAGAAAGAAACUGGGCCUCCUAUAUAUGCCUGUAUGGAAGGAACAAAAACUAUGAGAAGAGGAGGCAACAAGAAAGGGUCUUUGGCCCCCAAUCCUGAGAAUACUGAUCCAGGAAGGGUAAAUGCAAAGGAGAAUGAGGACAGAAAACAUGCAGUAUCAGACAUGGCACCAAUAGACAUAAAGCAAUUAUCUCCAGAGCCUCAUAGACAGUUCAAAAGUGAAGUAUUUAACGAAGUAAAGCAAGAUAUAAGUAGAAUAGUUAGAGAAAAAUGCUAAGCACCACCCAAGAAAAAACAGAUGGUGGAAUGGAAGAAAAGAAAAAAAGGGUAGAACUGUUUGAUGGAGAAAAUAGAGAAAACAUAGAAUACGUGAAGCAGGUUCAAAGAGAGUACCAGGAAACUAAAAACUCUAUUGAAAGCUGGCAUAACAGCUUGAAAGAAAUUAAGGAUAGAUUAUCUGAACUGGAGGACAGAUUUGUAAUGUGGGAGCAUGAAAUGAAAAACUUCUUAAAAAUAACAAAGAAACAAACAGCAAUAAUACAAAGACUAGAAGACGAUAAGAGGAUCUAUAACUUAAGAAUUAAGAACGUAAAAGAAGAAGUAGGGACACAAACAAAUGAACUACAAAGGCUAUUUACAGAAAUAAUCCAGGAGAAUUUCCCUAAUUUAGCAAAAGGUAAAGAUACUCAGAUGUAUGAGGCAUACAGGACUCCAGCCACCUACAACCCAAACCCAGGUACAUAAUAAUCAAAAUUCCAGAAAUCCAAUAUAAGAACAGAAUAUUAAAAGCCAUCAGAGACAAGAAACAGAUCAAGGGAACACCCAUCAGAAUUACAGCAGACUUCUCAGCACAAACCAUCAAAUCACAAAGAGCGUGGGGGGAAAUAAUUCAAGCUUUGAAAGAAAAUAACCUCCUGCGCCUGCCUUGCGAGCAGGCAGUCGUGAGUUCGAUCCCUGGUACCGAUAAAAAUGAAAAAGACAAAAAAAAAAAAAAAAAGAAAAUAACCUCCAGCCAAGAUUGAUAUAUCCUGCACAACUGUCCCUAGAAAUUGAUGGAAAACAAGGUGCUUCCAGGAUAAAGAGGAACUAAGAGAAUUUGCAACCACCAAUUCAACUCUACAGAGGAUACUGCAGAACAUUCUAAAAAAGAAAAAUACCAAGAUUCCAGAAACAGUGGCAGAGAGGCCACAAUGAAUGGAGCAGAAAGCGAAAUGAAGAAGACAAACUGACAACUAAUGACAGAAAAGGAGCUCAACAGAAAUAAGGCAGAGAAGGUUGGAUGGUAGGAAUAGCUAUUUUGGAAAAAACAGGACAUCAUAAUAGCUAGUGCUGAUUUAAUAACAUCUUGUUUUGAAGUCCCAUCAAGCUUUUGUUCUUCUGUCUCCAUCGGUCUUAACAUGUUAUAUCUUAUUGGAUUUUAUAUGUGAUAAUAUAAACAAAAACUUUUAUAGACAAGGAAAUUAUACAGAAACUAUUGUUCAUUUUCUGUUAGUUGGUUCUAAAUACCCUGUAAUACUGUCAUUCUCUUGAAUGGUUUUAUGCUACAGUAUACAAAGUUAUACUCAGAGAUUUCAAGGAAGGAGACACUAUGGUAACUAUUUUUAUGUCAGGAUAUCUUGUGGUGAAACACUAUUUUGCUUAAAUGUUUAUGUUCUGACCUGUGCUGUUUUGUUAUGUCCUCUUUUAUCUCAAUCUCCUUUUUUAAUUAUUUACCUUUUUAUUUUUAUCUUUUUAAUUAAGGGAAAAAAUAAAAAAUAGCAGAAUAUAUUAUAGUAACUUUUUUGAUUUCCUAUUAACUUGAUUUGAAACCCUCUAUUGCUCUCACCAUCUUGUUUUGACUGAUUUUCCUCUAUUCUGUUUUGCUUGAUAGUACCAACUUUGAGAGUAUAGGCAACUACUGUGAAGACAAUAAGAUUCACUAUGAUGCCCAUUCUGAAGUCCUGUAAUGUCUCCAAUGUUUUGGUUUUAUAGCUUUUGUUCUUUACUGUUUUGUUCAAUUUUAUUAUAACUGAUGAUAUAGGCAAUUCUUUUUAAGAUAGCAAGAGGCAUUAUGGUAACCAUUGUUGAUCACCUUGUAUUUUGUUUUUACAUUAUGUAUUAUGUCCAUCCUUUUGAUUUGACUAACUGUUUUGUUAUGUCACAUUUGGUUGUAUUCUCGUCAAAAAAAGUAAUAAGAACUGUGGGAGUAAUAAAACCCAAAAUGUGUAAUUGUCAUUGUACAAAAGAGAGGAAAAAAAAGUGCUCUAAAAGAUAUAACUCCAUGUAUAUUUAAGUAUAUAAGAUAGAUAACCAUGUUACUGAAUUUUGUUGGAUCACUGGACAGAACUGUUUGCAGUCUCACUGUUUGAAUGUCCACUGUAUAUGCUUUAAUUUUGUAACUUGAACAACUAUUUCUAAAAUGACAAUAUCUAAUCUAUUAACUAGUGA